AUGAAGUCGUCCAGAGACGCCGGCGUCCCCAUCAACCUGAGCCACCUGUCCCCCCACGAGGAGGAGCUCAUUCAGAGGGUCCUGCUGAGGGACGAGGACCUGAACAGACUCGAGACGGGACGCACCAGGAAGCUGAGACAGUCGGUUCCUGACCUGAGGCAGCUCAAGUUUCUAACAGGCGAAUGGUUCGAGGAGCUCAAGUCCAGGAGAUUCGGACACCAGCCGCUCGCCUCAGCGUUGGUCAGAUCUUCUAUGAGACGGAAGAAAUCAGAAGGUCAUAAGCAGCGCCCCUCCCUGAGGUCUGUGGUCCAGAAGGAGGACGGAGAAAAGAGCGGGAACAGGACUGAAGGUGGACCCAAGAUCGAUCCACCCAGCGCUCAGUACAGAGAGAGUCCUGGAGAGCUCAGCAGUCUCGUCCUGAGCGUCAGUGAGACUGUAAAUCAUCAAACACGACCGUCUCAAGAUGAAGCACCACGUCUCCAAUCCACCAAUCCAAAACCUGUCCAGAACCAGGGUUCCAUCAUCGAUCCAGAUCCUGCAGAACUCAGAACACAGGAGAACAUACCAAACGUUUACGUCGAGACCAAAACGAUGAUCCUGAAAGCACCGGCUGAUGGAAACACGCCCGGAAAUCGGAAUUUCACGAUAAGGUCGUUUGCCAAAGCACUGGAGGAGAGGGCAGCGAACUGGGAGCGGUGGCGCCAGCCGGACAGCGACCCUGACCACACCACGGUCAUGGAGGCUGGACCCGUCCAGUUAACACGGUCUGGAAAAUCACCAGGAACUGAAGAGCCCAACAAGCGGAAAGAAAAGAGACUCCAGGUCCAAACUCCAGGACUGAAGAACAAAGCCGGUGAAGAACUCACACGAUCAUCUCUAGAUCUCGAGGAUCUUGAGGAUCUAGAAGUGACACCAGUUCCUGACAUGAACGAUCCAAAAUCCACAAAUUAUUUUGUGGCUGAAGAAAUGACGAGGGUAGAAGAGCUAAACGUGGGUUCUAAUGUUAGAGAAGAUCCAGAAAUGAUCAGGAAUGACCUAAACGAUCUAAAAGAUCUAAGAGGAACGUCACCAUCGAGCGUGGACUUAAACGCCAACGUGGAUUCUGAAUCCCUGGAUGAUCUAGAAGCCGAACUCGUGAAUGACCUGAACAGUCUGAGAGAGGGUCGUUUCGACCAAUACGCUGAAGGUCCUGAGCUGAAGAACGUGAGUGAGGACCAAAACAUUGAAAAGCCAGUGAGGACGAGAAGAGCUGGUGAGGAGAUCAAAGCUGCUGGAUUCAGAAGGGCGUCGCCGACCAGGAUGGACGAGCUGAGCGUCAACGAGGAGCCGAAUCUAGCGAAGGAUUCAAGUUUAGGUCUGGAUGAAGUGCUGGAGAUCAACAAAGUUCCUGGAGGAACCGUGGACUUCCAUGAGCAGUUUGAGGAUCACGCAGGUUUUCCGGAGACACCGGACGAAAGCGACGACGCUACAGAAGACGGCAGGACGGAGAGCGAGAUCCUCGCCGGCGUCUACGCCAGAGCCGUCGUUCCCAAACCCAGGCAGAGGAAGUUGGGCGGGGCCGUUCCAACCAUAGUGAUCGUACCGUCCACACCCGAUGAGCCCGAGGACACCGAGAGCGUGAAUUAUAAAAUCUCGACCCCUGAAGCACCGGCUGAGGUCCAGACACCGGGAAACAAGGAGACCUGCGAGGAUGAAGGUGUGGAUUCAGAUGAUGAGAGCUCAGCGUCCAGCCACGAGUCAGAUUUCUCCAGUAAAGCGGAUCUCUCAGCGAGUGCGCUGUCCAUAACCGAGCGCACCGGCAGCAUGAUGAGCGUCUACAGCGACGCCGGGGAUUUUGGGAACGUGGCGGUUCAGGGCUCGGUGGAGUUUGCCAUCAUGUACAGUCCACUGGGAGAGCUGGUGAUAAUGGUGGAACAGUGUCAGGACCUGGCCGUCGCUAACCAACGCAAACAGCGUACAGACCCGUAUGUGAAGACGUACCUCUACCCCGACAAGAAAAGCAAAAGAAAAACUACCAUCAAGAAACGCACAAUGAACCCGGUGUACGUGGAAUCUCUGCGAUACAAAGUAAAACGUGAGGCACUAGCCGUUAGGACCCUGAAUUUAUCCGUGUGGCACAACGACCCCCGAGGCAGGAACGUGUUUCUGGGUCAAGUCGAGAUCAACCUGAGAAAGUGGGACUGGAAACACGAGAAACUCACCUGGUACAACCUGCAGCCCAAGAGCGCGGAUCCUCAGGACUCACAGGAACAGUAUGGAGUUUUAUUCAUCGCCCUGAAAUACGUACCUACAGAAUCUACAGGUGGUUCUAAGCCGAGCCGAGCGACGGGAGAGAUUCACAUCUGGCUGCGAGAGGCCAGAAAUCUGCGGCGUCUGAAGUCGCAGGGGGUCGACUCCUUCGUGAAGUGCUACAUGUUACCCGACACGAGUAAGAAGAGCCGUCAGAAGACCCGGGUGCAGAAGAAGAGCCAGGAUCCGGUGUACAACCACACCAUGGUGUACGACGGCUUCGGCGCCGGCGAGGUCUCCGAGGCCUGCUGCGAACUGACCGUGUGGGACAACAACAAGCUGUCCAACCAGUUCCUCGGAGGGGUGCGCCUCGGCCUCGGCACAGGUCAGAGCUACGGAAAGAAGGUGGAGUGGAUGGAUUCGGAGAACGAGGAGGCGGAAAUCUGGAGGCGGAUGAUGGAGAGUCCGAACGUCUGGGUGGAGGCUGAGCUUCCUCUGAGAUCUUCCAUGACUCCUAGGAAAUGAAAGUGAUCAUUUUAAGGGACGCUCCCGAGAAGAGGGCGUGUCUAAAUUCUUAGAUGCAUUAAAAUGCUCCUACCGAGGCGCCUUAAUUCCGAGUGAUCCGACGCCUCCUCAGUGCUAAAGGCAAUCCCAGCAUUCAGUGCGGCACGACUUUCCUUACAAAAAACUACAAACCUGGCGGCUGAAUCGAUGCGAAGCAACCAACAGAGUUCUUUUCAAAUUUCCAUGUUCAAUUUUCUUGAUUUUUGAAUAUUUUAUGUUUGAUAUGUUUUAGAUCGUGUAACUCACCUGCAGCCAUGACGUCCGGGUGCGGCUAGUGAAAUCGAAUCCGCCCGUCAGUCGAAUUUGGUUAGCAAUUAAGGGGGCACUUACUUUUUCACAUGGGGCAGGAAGGACCGAGCAGCUGAUGUCACACUGACUGAUCCUGUACUGAGAUGUCAUUCUAAUUCUAAUCACGUGUGUAUAAUAGAAAUACGUCAAACUCUGCUGUGAUCGUAGAAUCUAAAUACGUUAUAAAUGUUAUGUUUGUCUAACAUGCACCAAGAGAAAGGCAGAAAUCUGAAUGCUAGACCCAUGUACAAGUUCUGCUCAUGAACCUGAUGGAACAUUGUAUUCUAAUAGAAGUGGUCUCUUCUAGGAUGUUCUCAUGAUGAUUCAAU